UACGAUAUGUAAACAAUUGUUUUAGGAUUUUAAAAUCAAUCAUUUGAUUUGUAAGGUUGUAACCACCCUUCAAUGUCAUGGUCUUGUCAUUUGUCUUUGCAACAUUUGACUAUUCUUAUUUGUGUUUGAGAGAAAACCAAAAGAAAUGAUGUGAUUGCCAUUGUUUAUAGGAGAAUGGUAUAACAAAAAGAAGCCUUAAUUAAAAACAAGUGUUUUGCAUUACUGAAUUAAUUAGCUUAAAAUGGUUAAAAAAUUAUUAGAAAUCAUAAGACAAGAAUUUACAAGUUCCAACAGAAACUGGGUCAAAAAGACACGAAAACAGCGAUGUGAAACAAACAUUGUAUUCAACAGCAAUAAAGGUCAAUCUCGCAAUGAAAUAGUUAUUAUGAGGGAGCAGUGCCAUAACCACCAGGGGGGGGGGGGCAGGGGGGCCCGGGCCCCCCCAAUAAUUUUUUCAAAGAUGGUUAUGACAAGUUAAGAAAAACGUUUUGUCUUAUGUCUAAAGACCAUUUGUUAUAUAUAAACAAACUAAACACUUAUUGAGAAUGAUUUAUAACCGAUUUCCACUCUUUUAUUUAUUUAAAACGCGUGACUGUUAUACUUGCUGCAUGGAAAUGAUGAUGAAAUUGGAUGGAAACUACAUUCUUAUAGUGUUUGCUGCAUGGAAAUGAUGAUGAAAUUGGAUGGAAACUACAUUCUAAAAAUAGUGUUUGUGAGAAGACGAGAACGAGUUGGACUGACUUCAAAAAAAAAAAAAAAAAAAAAAAACGUGUAAGAAUAUAGAAUUAACAAAGUAACAGACUAAUUUGAAAAAGAGUGAAAAUGCCGAAGAAAACAAGUGAUUUAUCAAAAUGGCUCAUUAGACCUGAAAAACGAACAAACGAAGAAGCAACAACAACACCUACAACGACGACACCUACAACAACAGCACCAACAAACCCGGAGAAUAAUUUUAAGGAAACAACGAGUGAUCCAUCUAAACCGAACCAACCUCGUUCUUUGAGAUCUGGAGUUGCUACCCAAAUCAAAUGGUUGAAUGAAAAAUGUUUGUACACACACUGUUACGGACAUGCUUUGAAUUUAGCUGUUGGCGAUGUGAUAAAAGAAAUCCCUGAACUUAAAGAAGCGUUUGGAACUGCCUAUGAAAUAUGUAAACUUGUCAAAAAAUCGCCAAAGAGAAACACACAAUUAAAGAAUAUCAGAGAAGCAACAGGAAAUGAAUCCAAGUCGGUCCAUGAGUUUUCUCCUACACGAUGGACUGUGCGAGGUGAGGUUCUUGAAUCCUUUCUUGAAAACCAUAAGGAAUUAAUGGAGCUUUGGACAUGGUCAUUAUGGAAUGUUAAGCUUCCAGAUAUGAGAGCGAGAAUCAACGGAGUAAUGACUGUUAUGUCUAGUUUUAAUUUUGUCUUCUGCUGUUGUCUUGGUGAAACCCUAUUGAAACAUACAGAUAAUCUUAGCAGGUCUCUCCAAGGAGAUAUUUCGGCAGCAGAGGGACAGCAACGGGUGUCGGGAGUCUUAGCUGUGUUAGAGAAGAUCAGAAGCAACGAAUUGUUUGAGCUAUUUUGGGAGCGAGUUCUUGUCUGGAAAUCACAACUUGGGGUAUCUGAUCCUAAACUCCCACGAAAAAGAAAGAUGCCAGAUUAUUUUAACAAAGUAUCAGAUGGCCCUCCUGAAACAUAUCAUUUUCAUGUUACAAAGUUUUGAUCAAUCUCAAAGAACUCUUCUAAGUGAAGUUGUCAAAAUUGCGAAAUUGUUGUUGGUAAUGCCGUCCACAAACGCCAUCAGCGAAAGAUCGUUUUCUGCUUUGAAACGAGUCAAAACGUACCUUAGAUCAACAACCACGAAUUUACGUUCGAACAAUUUGAUGGUCCUCCAUAUUCAUACUGAUUCCGUUGACAAAAUGGAUUUAACUCAAAUAGGAGAUGAAUUUAUCGAUAAACACCAAAGCAGAAUAGACACUUUUUGCUAUUACAAUAGAUAACAUUUUUAGUCUUUUGUUCAUGAAAUUUAUGUAAACGUUUAUUCCCUGAUUUAAAAAAAAACUCAGAAAACUGGAGCAAUUGUCUGUAUUUUCCUUUAUUUUCGUGAUUUCUAGUGAUUAAAUUUCUUUAAAAAGUACUCUCAAAAAGGCUGUUUUAGCCAAUCUAGCGCACUCAAAAUUCAAAAAUUUUCUUGGGCCAUCGGCCCCAACCAUGGUGGGGCCUCCUUAGACACUUAAACUAGGCUGGCCCCCCCAAAACGAAAUUCGUGAUGAGCUUAUAUUAUUUAGUCAGCCUUUGUAUAAUUUUUUAUAUUUUUAUUCCAAGCAUUCUCUUGUACUACGCUGUUUCAAUAUAAACUUGACUUUCGUGCUUUACACACUUGAAUUGUUCUUGCCCUUGUGACACAUUUUUAAACAAAAUGAAAUUAACUAUGAAGAAGUAUCAAAAAGUUAGUUUUGACUUCCAUUCUCCUUUAAAUGAAAACAUUAUAAAUGUUUUUGUUGUUUUCUGUAUCA